AUGCACCCGCUCCAUCUCAACCACCGUUAAACCAAUAUCAGCAUUACCCGCAGUACUCACCCGCUCCUCAGCAACAGAUACGCCAGCGUAUCCAAGUCACCGCAGAUUCAAAUACGUUCCAUAGUCUUACAGUGACGGAUAUGGUCGAUGCCGCUGUGAUUAAAGAUGCAAUCCUUAAAAAGCUUAAUCUCGAAGAUGGACACUAUCUAUAUUACCAUGAAAAUGGUCCCAUGUUUUACCAUGAAAACGGCGAGCAAUGCGCCCUUGCUGGAUGACGAGCUUGUAAGUAUAUGCCGCAUGUCAGACGUUCGGUUGAAGGAUCAAGUACUUGUUAUGCAUCCCGAUCACAUCUCCCCACCCUACGCCAAGGACAGUCGAGGAAUAUAUCCAGACAUUCCGAGUAACUAUGGCUACAUGUCGCAUUACCAAAGACCUCCAACAACAGCAACUCCAGCUACGGGUUACCAGCAUCACCAUGUCCAUUAUCCUCGGCAGGGACAGUCGCUGCGCCAUAUGGUAUCAUUUGACCACCAACCUCCACAGCCUAGCUACAUGCAGUACGACCGGGCAAGUCCACACAACAGCCCUGAAAUGUCCACCUCGCCAAGGCCUGUUGGCGGAUUAUCACGAGGCACGGACGGUGCAGGGUUCCAAAUACCUCCCGAGCUUCCACCUCCUUCAAGCAACACCACACCCGGGGAAGAAUACCGUGACGAUAGUGGCUACUUUGAUCGCAGUUACAAACGUUCUUCUGGCCGAAGCACCUCAUCCACAGAAUUUAACACCCCACACUUUACCCCCUCGGAAACGUCGACUGGCAAAACUACACCUCUCACGACUGCAGAACUCUGGCACGUGCGUCCACAACAACCGCGACCACAACCAUCGUCUUCGACGAGCGAAGCUUCAUGUUGGGCUGUACGUCCGAAACGCUCUUUGGACCCGUUACCGGAUGGAAGCGAAAAAGGAGGAAGCUAUUCGAAUGGCUACGAUGAUCAUACAAACGAGUCACGGGCAACGACUGCAAACAAUGCUCAGCCUACGUCGCACAACGGAUCUUCCGCGGCAUACCCGGCGUUGUGGGCUGUACCACCAACUAACAGCAACCAGAUUAAUAGUAGAAUGGAUCCCAACUACCAAUCAUUCGGCCAAAGUGAGCUAUGGCCAGUGGAUGAAGACACUGAAGAUCCACCGACUCGCUCAGAUCCUACAACGCCGCGACUUCAGCCGAGUUCUUCGAGCGAAACUAUGCGUACAGGCAAGCGAUAUCUUCAUGGACGACAUCCUUCUGGAGAAAUGUCGACUAUUGGUGAGAUGAGCGAACACGAAAACGACCACGGCGGCAACAGCAGGUCUCAUCUCGGCAACGGCGCUGAAGGCAAGCGCGGAAGGUCUGUACAAUUUAUCACGGACAAACCAUUGCCCACCAUGCCUUUCCCUGAUGAAGAAGUUGAGCGAUUAUCACUGCACGAUGAUCCAGUGGACGACUCUGGGAACCGGCGCAACACCAAACUGCACAUCCAGAUCCCCAAAACCGAAGAGGAGGCUUAUGGUCACUCGCCGAGAACCCCUCGACAGCAGAAAACACCCCUGUCCGCUACCAGUACCUCGCCUGUCGAUCACGAAGAGGAAACAUGGGGCGAGCGUCCUUCUAUUGAAAAGCUGUACCGAGAUAUCGACAAAUACCUGCCCGACCAUGAUCUUGACAAGGAAAUAUUCAUUGAAGCUCCUCCUGGCGGCGGUAACGCCACUCCUUCACCGGCGCCCCGGCGCUUACAAGGACACAAAAAGUCUGUUCGUGUUGUUGCCAAGGAAGCGCACCGAAACUGGCGACAGGCAAUGAAUGUCAUCCGAGUCAACCAUAUCCUUCGUCGACGAAGUACCAAGAUGUGGGGUCGCAAGGUUGAGCAGGUUAAGCCUGGAAUGGCAGUGGACCAGCAAGCCAUCCGCGAUGCUCAUUCAGCAAGUGCCUACGCAGAUAAGCCAAUACCUACCAAAAUGCAAUGGAUGCGUGGUGAGCUUAUUGGCAAAGGUUCAUUCGGUCGUGUUUACCACGCUCUAAAUGUGGCGGCUGGUGAAUGGAUUGCUGUCAAGGAAGUGGACUCGCCAAUAACCAAAUCGGAUAUGCUGAACGACAAGAUGCGUAGCGCAGUAGAUGCAUUGUACCGUGAAAUUUCGCUGUUGCAGGAUUUGGAUCACGAAAACAUUGUUCAGUAUCUUGGCUAUGAUUAUGACGAGGAGGAAGGUCACAUUCAUAUCUUUUUGGAAUACAUCCCCGGUGGCAGUAUUUUCAGUGCUCUCAACAAGAACGGACGUUUUGAAGAAGUCUUGGUUCAAUUCUUCACUCGACAGAUCUUACUCGGUCUUGAGUAUCUUCAUGACCGUAACAUCAUGCAUCGUGAUAUCAAGGCUGGUAAUAUUCUGGUGGAUCAAAAUGGCGUCUGUAAAAUUACAGAUUUCGGUCUUUCAAAAUUGAGCGGCCAGGAGGAAGCCUAUGAUCCAAACUCGAAUACCUUGAUGAAGGGUACCGUUUUCUGGAUGGCACCUGAAGUUGUCAAGGGAUCUUCCUACAGUGCCAAGAUCGAUAUUUGGAGUUUGGGAUGUACUGUGAUUGAAAUGCUGACGGGAAAGAAACCAUGGCUGGACCUUAAUAUGCUCGCAGCAUUAUACAGUCUUGGCAAAUACCAAGCUCCACCUUUGCCAGAAGAUGCCUCAGACGAAGCCAAGGACUUUUUGAACCAAUGCUUUGUUAUUAAUCCUGACGAUCGACCUACUGCUGCAGAACUUUUACUCCACCCCUACACACGCCAGAACCCGACGUUUAAAUUCAAAGAUUACAUGAAAAACCUUAAUGCUAAAAAUGGCGCCCUCGAAGAAAACACCUAACACCCUACCCUUCCUUUUACUCUUAAUGAACCCUUCAUCAACUUACUUACGUAACAAGAAUAUAUUGCAUUUUGCUUUUUUCUUUCCAUCUCUACCAGUGUGAGGGAUAGUGUGUUCUGUGAUUCUGCACCUGAUCUAACAUAUACAAACUUUCUCAAAGUAAUCAAGGGUACCAAUUAAUCA